UUGCUCUCCAACACUCAGCACACCCAGGUUGUUUUCUUCACCCUCGCUGCGCUUCCACGUCAUCGUCCAUCGGUUUUCUUUUUUUUCUUCUUCUUUCUACCACUACUCAUAAAAAGUGCUGCUCAGUCGUCGUCUGUAGUAUUUGAGCCCCCCUGUUGACAGUCCCAGCAGCUCGACGCGGGUCCUGAGCUGCAGAUUCUCUCCGACAUGAGGCUGGGACUCUCCUCUCUCCUGUGUUUCUUCUUCAGCUUCGUGUGGCUGUCGGAGUGCGCUCCUCCGACCUGCUACUCCCGAACUCUGGGCCUGAGCAAAGAAGUCAUGACCCUGCUGGAUAAGAUACACACAUACCAUCGCACGAAACAGUGUGCUGAGGUUCUGCCAACGAUCUUCCUCGAUGUGCAUAAUUCAUGUGUCACCACUAAACUCCGGGACUUUCUCUACGUGGUCCUAAACCAUCCGAGCCAGUACUGCAGAGAGCGUCCAAGAAUGGUGCUCUUGAAACGUAAAAUUCAGAACUUGUACAACAUCAUCACCAGAAUGUGUUACAGGGACUUGGUGUUUUUCACAGACGACUGUGAGGCGAUUGACACUGGACACAGCAGCCCUCACUACGCAGAGGACAGACUUCAGCUGCUACAGGAGGAGAGAUGAGCAGACAUGUAUUCCUUUAACAAAACACACUAGCAGUAUAGUAGUUUAGUAAAGCAAGUGCAAUAUAAACCCUGAUGUGCACUGCAUUGGAUUAGCAUUAUUAGCCAAACACACAGUGCUGUUGGACGUUGUACCUAGUUGGCGCUGCUGUAGCUGCACACUCAUGUUAGCGGACAUGUGUGGCUACAUUCCAGCAAAGGAGUGCAGAACUUUCCACAGGAAAUUUGCUGAAUGCCAACCAUGCCGAUGAAAACCUUGAAAUAAUAAACCAAUAAGAGAUGCUUGUGAGUGGGCUUAACUGCUGCUUGCUUACCAGAGCUGAUCAAAGCUCAGUGUGCCAUUAAGAGAAAUAUGUUGUGUUGCCGUAACCCUUGCUCUGACUAACAUGUCUUAAAGAGGCAUUAUGCAGCUUUUUGCAAACAUUAAAAGGGUUGAACAUGGUGGGUUCAAAACGUUACAUAAGAACUAAAUGUCAUAGGUACAUGCUUGUGUACUGUGCUCCUUUCACAAUUUUGUCUCCUGUUUUAUAUCGCAGGAGUAACAACUUAAGUGCUGCUAAUUCUGAAGCUGAGCAUAAGAAAAACGUUCAAGUUCUGUGACAGGAUGGAUAUGAAAUUAUAGAGGCCUGACUGUAGUGGACAUACGAAAGUCUUCUGUUUUUAUCUUUACUUUUGGGCAAUUUAGAAAGGCCUCAUAUUUUGUAAUAAACGUCAUCUUUAUGUA